CCGCUCAGGCCCCACCACCCACCCGACCACGCCCCCUCUAAGCCCCGCCCGACUCCGGCCCGGGACACGUCUGCGGCGCGGAGCGGCUGGGGGCUGUCGAGCCAGGUUGGAGAAUUCUGAGACUCCCCAGACCCCAAACUGCGAGCUGGGAGGUGAGAUUCACUGGCCGAGCUCUGACCAUCUUCCUGGAUCACAGAGGCUUCAAUCCCUGACGUCAGGACUCUCCCCUUAACCCUGUGCCCCCAUGAUGGAGCCCCAGGAGAGUAGCAUCAGGUACAGCAGGUGGGAGAACAGCCACCCGGAUGAAGUCCAUGUGGCCAGUGGGCCCAGCACAGAGGAGGCCUCAGGCUGGCAGAGGGUCUCUCAGAAGCUGUGCUCGGGCAAGCUGGGCAUCGCCAUGAAGGUGCUGGGGGGCGUGGCCCUCUUCUGGGUCGUGUUCAUCCUGGGCUACGUCACUGGCUACUACGUGCACAAGUGCAAGUAAACGCUGCCCAGACACGCCCCCAGGAGCAAGGCUGGAGGGACACCCUGUGUGCGAGAACCCUUUCAUGUGCAUGGACCCACCUGCCUACACAGACCAUGGUGUACCCAGAGUCCUGUAUAACAGCCCUGCUGUCUGUACACAGCCCCUCCCCCCCGUGUAUACACAGCCCCUCACCGUGUAUACGGGCAUUCCUUGCACCAAUGCACAGAUUCCAGGGACUCGCAUGGACACCAGUGUGCACAGCUGUCACAGGCACCCACACACAUACAGCCAAACAGGGCCACAGGUACAUGGGAGCACACACACGCAUGCCUGGCACAUACCCGCCCAGGGACCCAUGUGACUGGAAGGCCAGUCCCAACCUGACUGCAGGACACACCCAGGCUAGGCCUGCAGCCCAGGGCCCCCAAACCUCCCUUCUCUCCCUACUGGGGUCCUCCCUGGGUGGGCUUUUGGUGGGGCUGUGUCCUGCCUUGCAGGCUCCUCCCCUUUCUAGCCCUUCUGACUCCCGCUGUGGAAGGAUGCCUCUAAGGGCAGGGGUAUGUAUGUCUCUCCAUCCACCCUCCCCAGGGGCUGAGUCUUUUCCUGGGCAGAGGGGGGAGAGGGCCUUGGCCCUUGUCCAAGACCCACUGCUGUGUCGUCCCUCCAGGAAUGUGGGUGUGUUCCCUGGGGCUGUCCACCCUGCUGGGUGGGCUCUGCAGGAGCCUGGCCCUUCUGCCUGCACCCUGUGGGAGGCCCAGACCCUGCACUCAGAGGUGGUCAUUAAAUGUCUGUUGAACAAAAA